AGAAAACAUUUAGCUAAGGAAUGUGUGCGACAGUUUUAUUUUGCUUUAUACGAGUUUUUGCGGAAUUUUCUCGCACGAAAGAAAAUUCCUUAAAGGAGCUCUGAGCGCUAGUGGGAGCCUUAGUCUGUUGUGCGAAUUGCUAAGGAGCACACAUCUGUGAGCUUUUCACGCGCUUUUUUGCCAUAUGUAGGUAUUGGAGGGAAAUUAUAUUGUUUUGGUGAAGUGUUGCCUUGUUUGGGAUGCGAAUGUGGUGCGCGCGAGACUACGGGAUGUUAGUGAGAAUCUCAACAAUUUCUUACAGCCGAUAACCUGGUGACCCUUAAAAAGCCCGCGAGACUAUUUUAUGUGUGAAUUGUGGGAUGCAAUGUCUCUAAUUCUUCCAUGAAAAUCAGUCGUUUCUCAGUUGUUCACCCACCACAAGAUUAUACAUUCCCUCUUGAGUCCGCAAUUGGUCACAUUUCAAUGGUGUUGCAGAUGAUGACCCAUCAGCCGCGAUGUGUGUCGUGAAGAUGCAGAGUGUUGGAUAAGACAUUUGGUGUGAGAAGACAUUUUCCGCAGAGUGAUUUAUUGGGUGUGAAGAUUUUCGUGAUUUCCGUAUCGGCGGGGGUGUUGUGUUGCCAAAGAACUUUUUUCUUUCUUUCAUCCCGCGCCCAGAUAAAUAUUGUGUGAGUGUUUCACAAUGCCGAAUACUGGCUUGAAUAAUGUGCAGGACCACAGGAAUCUGAUGGAAUGGUCCCAAGCUGCCAAUGAUAGUCAACUUCCAAUUGAUAUGCGCUUCAAUGAUGGGCAUCGUUUAUCCAUUUUUGGUUACAGCUUCCUCAUGGUUGUAUCCACAAUUGGGAACGUCACGGUGCUCGUGUUGCUCAUCCGGAAGCGCCUCAAGGCCUCUUCACGCAUUGACGUGAUGCUAAUGCACCUGGCCAUUGCAGACCUCCUUGUCACGUUCCUCCUCAUGCCCCUCGAGAUCGCCUGGGCGUACACAGUGCAAUGGUACGGUGGGGAUCUCCUAUGUCGCAUCAUGUCCUUUUUUCGCACCUUCGGACUCUACCUUUCGGGCUUUGUCCUCGUAUGCAUUUCACUCGACAGAUACUAUGCGAUCCUGCGGCCCCUCAACUUCUCGGGCAUCGACCGUCGGGGGCGCGUGAUGCUCAUGACGGCGUGGAUAAUGUCAGUGGUGUGUAGUGCCCCUCAGGCAUACAUCUUCCACUUGGAGCCACAUCCCAAUACAACGUGGUACUACCAAUGCGUCACGUACCACUCAUUCGGCAAUAGCCAAACCCUCGAGGUACUCUACAGUGUCUCCACCAUUAUGUUCAUGUACGGUCUGCCACUAGUCAUCAUCAUCUUCUGCUACGCCUCCAUCUACCUAGAGAUCUAUAGGAAGACCAAGAGUACAAUCGCUUUGACUUUCCGGCGGUCCAGCAGCACAGUUUUGGGGCGAGCAAAACGACGAACACUUCGGAUGACCAUCACCAUUGUAAUUGUCUUCGUGGUAUGCUGGACUCCCUACCACAUAAUGUGCUUUUGGUACUUUAUGGAUCGUGAAAAUGCCCAAAAUGUCGAUCCGCGCCUCCAGAAGCUCCUCUAUUUGUUUGCCUGCACCAAUUCUUGCAUGAAUCCCAUUGUCUACGGGAUCUACAACAUUCGCCGGAAGCGCGAUCGUGUCAUUGUGAAUCAACUGAGUUCACUGUCAAAACGCUCCGAGGGAAGCACACGAAAAAGUAUUUCAUGAGAUUCCCUACUACAAAAUAAAAAGCAUCAGCCGCACUAACAUUCAUCCCCCUGUCCACCCCCCCUCCAUCCUGUCUUUUUUUCUUCUCUCGCAUGCUGCUCCAGUGAGAUUUUGAAUGUAAUCCGGCUCAGCAUUUCCGGAAAUAAAAAUGUGUGUUGUUUGGCAAAAUAAAA